AAUUUUUAUAACUCUCCCAAAAUUCUCUUCUUCUCCAUCCUUCUCCUCCAAAAAAAACCAAAAACCAAAAAAAAACUUUUAAUCGGGUUUUUCAAGAUUUGAUUUUUGAGUUAAUGAUGUAAAUAGGAAAAAGAGUGGCAAACUUACCCUCUUUUUUUUGGUUUUAAUUUCUUCCAUUUUCUAGAUUUUCUUGAUUUUUGCAUUCCCAUUCUUGAUGGGUUAUUGUGAGGUGGAGGAAAUAUUUAAAAAGGAGAAAAAUGAAGGUUUGGUUACUAGAGAAGAAAAGGGAUUGGGCAAAAUCAAAUCUUUCACUCAAAACUUUGCCAUUUUGGUUGGUUUUAGUAGUGAAAGUAUCCGUUUUCAUGUCUUCUUCUUAUAAGUGAGAGAACAAAAAAAAAGGACAAGAACAGUAAAUUAAUCUCCUUUUUGCAGCUCUGUUUCUCAGUAAAUAUAAGCUUUAAGAAUUCAAGAAAGUGAACUUUGAUCCCUCCCCCCCAAAAAAGAGGAAACAAAUAUUGAACUUUGUUAUAGUUUGGAAUUUGGAUCAUAAAUCAAAAUUAUGAAAAGACUUGGUAGCUCUGAUUCUUUGGGUGCCUUGAUGUCCUUGUGUCCAAGUACUACAGAUGACCAGAACCAUGGGAACAGCCAUGUGUAUUCAACAAGGGACUUUCAGUCUAUGUUAGAAUUAGGCUUAGAUGAAGAAGGAUGUGUGGAAGAAUCUGGCCAGAAGAAAAGGAGACUAAGUGUUGAACAAGUGAAAGCUUUGGAGAAGAAUUUUGAAGUUGAGAACAAACUUGAACCAGAAAGGAAAGUGAAAUUGGCUCAAGAACUUGGGUUGCAGCCUAGACAAGUAGCUGUUUGGUUCCAAAACAGACGUGCUCGUUGGAAAACAAAGCAACUUGAAAGAGAUUACAAUGUUCUUAAAGCCAAUUUUGAUUCACUCAAACACAACUAUGAAUCUCUCAAACAUGACAAUGAAGCUCUCAUCAAAGAGAUUCGUGAGCUGAAAUCAAAGGUGUGUGGUGGUGAGAAUGGAGAAAGCAGAGGAGCUGUUGUUGCAGUGAAAGAGGAAGCUAUGGAGUCUGAAAAUGAUGACAAAAUGAAUGAACAAAACAAGCCAAAUGAUCUUCUUGAAGAAGAAGAAGAAGAUCAAGAUGAUGAUGUAGAGAUGAAUGCCACUAUUGCAUCCACCAUUUUUGCUGAUUUUAACAAAGAUGGUUCCUCAGAUAGUGACAACUCAAGUGCAAUCUUGAAUGAAGAUAACAGUCCAAAUGCUGCUGCAAUUUCUUCAUCUGGUGCUUUCUUGAUUUCUAAUGAUGGUGGGGUUGGUUGUUCAUCUUCAAAUUCAUUGAAUUUCUGUUUCAAAUUCACAGAAACAAGUCCAAAAUCAAUUCUUGGAGAUGCCCAGAAAGCUAAUUGUUAUAAUUAUCAACCGCCGCCACCACCACCAACACAAUAUGUGAAGAUGGAGGAGCAUAAUUUCUUCAAUGGUGAAGAAUCUUGCAGUACUCUUUUCUCAGAUGAACAAGCUCCUACACUUCAAUGGUACUGCCCUGAAGAUUGGAACUUUAAAGACUCUUAAUUAUCUUUCUUGAUCACUUCAGAAUAAAGGAAAUUGUAAAAAUGGCCUUAAUGGGGUAAAAGAAUAUCAAAGCUUAAGGUUUUGGAUUUUGCCCAAGUUUGAUGAAGGGGGUGGUGGUGGUGGUUCAAGUGGGGUGGUAGGGGUGAGGAAGAAGGAAACUAAGUAAAAAAAAAAGGGUGGAGAAGAAUUCAAGAAAAUGAUGAUGGGGUGAAAAAAAGCUUCCUUGUAAUGGCAAAUAAAAGUGGCUAAAAGUAUAAAUAACCAUGCAUUCUAUAUUUGAAUGAA